UUAGCGCAAACACUUAUUUUCCACGACUUAUUCCCUACUGCUCCCUCCCAGCCCCGAAUGGUCAUAUCAGUCCAGCUGCUCGCCUUCUAUUGCUCUCUUUUUGAGCGCUCACGCGACGCCGUCAACGCACUUGCAUCCGACGAGCAUACCAAAUAA